AUGGCAUUGCAGACAAAGAGCGGGCAGCGGGAGCAGAUGCUAUCAACUCAAACAAUAGGGAGGAUGAGAUUGUAUUUCUGGUUUAACACAUAUGGCAACUCGUUCGCGCCUCGUAAGCCAUACAAAGCCAAUUGCCACAAUUCAGUCUUAACGAAAGUUGACAACUCACAACUGAGCAGAAUUAUAGAAGAAAUUGCUAAGGAGCUAAAGCUAGAG